AUUAAAAUUAGAAAUCGAGGAAUACGCGUUUCGGUCGUUUGCACCGAAAACUGGUAUUCUAUCGACUAAAAGUUUAUAUCACCCCCCGGUAGAAAAAGACGUGGAUAAAUGUCUGAAAUAACUCGAGAAGGCAUGCUUACAAAUUGUAGAAUCUUGAGUCGGUGUUUAAACACUCGAUUAGAAGACAGCUUAAGAGACGGGCCAGUGUUCUUUCUUCGUAAAAAAUCAAUCGUACGAUCGAUCGUUGUUUUUUUUCAACUUUUAACAUAUGCCUCGCAUCAUUUCAAACAGCUCGAACGCUUUACGCGUCCCUUCCAAGAUUCUCGACAAUUUAGCAAAUUUGAGAGGACUUGAGUUCGUUUGGAACGAACCAUGUGCGAUAACGUACCAAAUGCCAUUGUGCGGUAGUGUGCUAAAUAAGCUAUGUCAUCGCGCGCGCGUGCACAAAUCCGAAACGGAAGAGGAAGAAAAAUAGCACCAAGGAGAGACAUUGUGAAAAGUUCGAAGGACGGAUUCGAUCUCGCAUGAGUCUUCAGAAGCGUGCCUUUCGGUCUUCCCGUCGUUGCGUCUCCUCGUUGUUGACGGGAGGCAGAGGGUCGACGAACUAGCCAAUCGUACGCGAGCCCGUGCACCUGAAUUCUAAUGAGGGCCCACCUGGGUAUAUAUGAGCUUAACCACCGCAUCGAGCACGAUUUUUCUUCGACUAUCCGGUCACCACAAAGCUUCGAAAAUGACGUUCUCGACGAUGAAACUCUUAUUUUCCCUUUCCAUUUUCUUAGUCUGUUUGGUCUACGCAUCGGCGGAUAGGGACGCCAGAGUUGUUUGUUACUUCAGCAACUGGGCGAUAUAUCGACCUGGCGUUGGAAGUUACGGCAUCGGCGAUAUCCCAGGGGAAUUAUGUACACACGUGAUCUAUUCCUUCAUCGGUGUGAGCAAUGUCACCUGGGAGGUACUCGUCUUGGACGAGGAACUCGACGUUCGGAAGGGCGGCUUUAAGAAUUUCACCCAACUCAGACAGAAGUAUCCUCAUCUGAAAACUGAAGUCGCGGUUGGCGGUUGGGGCGAAGGUGGCAAGAAGUAUAGCAACCUCGUUACGGUGAAACAACGCAGAGAUACUUUCAUCAAGAGCGUCGUUGAAUUCAUGUACAAAUACGAGUUCGACGGUUUCGAUCUCGACUGGGAGUACCCUAGUGCCACGGACAGAGGUGGCAAAUUCUCCGAUAAGGACAAUUUCUUCUACUUCGUUGAAGAACUUAAACGUGCUUUCGAUAAAGAAGGAAAAGGCUGGGAGAUCACAAUGGCCGUACCUAUGGCCAAGUUCCGUCUCGACGAAGGUUAUCACGUUCCAGAAUUCUGCCAGAACCUCGACGCGAUUCACAUUAUGUCUUAUGAUCUUCGUGGAAAUUGGGCUGGAUUUGCCGAUGUCCAUAGUCCUCUUUACAAGAGACCCCACGACAGUUACGCUUAUGAAAAACUCAAUGUGCACGAUGGGCUUCUGCUUUGGGAAGACAAAGGGUGUCCAGCCAAAAAAUUGGUCGUCGGUGUGCCUUUGUACGGUCGUACGUUCACGCUUGCGCGUGGUAACACAAAUUACAAUCCAGGAACCUACAUAAACAAGGAAGCGGGUGGUGGUGAUCCUGGCCCGUAUACACAGGCUAAGGGAUUUUUGGCAUACUACGAGAUCUGUACGGAAGUGAAUAAUCCUAAAUCAGGAUGGACAAAGAAAUACGACUCCAUUGGGAAGGUACCUUAUGCUUACAAGGAAACACAGUGGGUUGGUUAUGAGGAUGCUGACAGUAUUAAGAUAAAGAUGGACUUUAUUAGGGAAAAAAGGUAUGCCGGUGCUAUGGUUUGGGCAAUAGAUAUGGACGACUUCGCCGGUCUCUGCGGAGAAAAGAAUCCUCUCAUGAAAGUAAUUUACGAUGGCAUGAAGGGAUACAAAGUCCCUAAGAAAGAACAUCACUCUACGCCUACCCCUGAUUGGGCAAGACCACCAAGUACGACAUCUUCCACGGUAGGAUCUAUAUCCACGAGGGACACUGAGGAAACGACUCGCCCAACUGUGCCAGUAAAUCCAGGCUCCUCUUCUAAACCACCGGUCGAUGAUAACGUUGUUUGCAAAGGCGAAGAAUACAUUCCCUCGAAGAAUUGCGCUAUGUACUAUCGAUGUGUCUUCGGAAGUCCGCAAAGGCUCCAAUGUCAACAUGGUUUGGUCUUCCACACUAGCAUGCAUGUUUGUGUCUGGCCUCAAAACGCCGACCGCGAAGAGUGCAGAAGUCAAUAAAUAAAUCGAUGAUAUUUUAGUAUGAACAUAAGAAAUUAAACUCUUUUGUAUAAAGGGGGUGGGAGAAGGGGGGAAAGAAAGAAAUACCUAUCGAAUAAUAAAUUUUUUACGCGUAUUCCUAUCUCCUCGUAGAAAUAGCAUUGAUACAUUUUAUGGAACAAUUCGUUAGCGCUUAUAACUAUGGUACUGACAAUGACACGAUCGUACGUUACGAAAAGUCCAUUUAAACGAUUAGAACGGGAACGUUCGAACCGCGGCUCAAGAAAACAAGUGUCAUGCCCUAUACGAACGUCUUGAGCUUUUCUCGCGGUAGCUUCUUUUGCGCGACGAUCGCCCAAAAACAUAAUUCUUUCGUGGAUAAAAGGCACCGACGUCGCAGUUGCGCGACUGGCACGAUCGAAGCGACGUACGGAACUACGACGGACGACGUUUCAUAGAAUAUACGAAAUCAUGCCGAAUAUGUUCUCGCGAAGAUAGAGUGCGAUUAAAGAGAAAAAAAAAGAACAAAAAAUAAAUAAAUAAAUAAGGAAUGAAAAAAUUUCA